AUGGCUUUCAUUCCCUCUCCCCUUGACCCCACUUUUCUCUCUCUUCCUUCCACUUCUCUCCCUGAUUUUUGGUCUUCAUUUUUCCUCCAUCACCCCACACAGGUGAACACCAAUGGCCUGAUUUCUUUUGAGGUGCCAUUAUCCCACUUCAUCCCUCAAGCCUUACCUCUGAAAGAUGGCCGGGCAUUUGUGGCCCCCUUCUGGGCGGACAUAACAACCUUCAAGAAGGGGCAGGUGUGGUACCGAGAGAGCCGGCAGCCGGAGCUGCUUAGCCGGGCCUCCAGAGAGCUGGCCACUGCUUUUCCGGACUCCCCUGAGAUCGUUCUUCGCUCUCUGUUUGUGGCUACCUGGGACCACGUCCCCUUCUUCGGUGCCCGGACUGACCAGGUGAAUACCUUCCAGGCAGCGCUGGCUGCGGGCACCAAUGCUUCUUACGUUCUUCUGUAUUAUGGUGACAUUCAGUGGACAACAGGAGUGAUCAGCGGAGGGAGCCCCAACAACGGCCUGGGAGGGACCCCAGCCCAGGCUGGCUUCAACAGUGGCACAGCUCAGGAUUAUUUCACCCUCCCGGGCUCUCGGACAUCCGCCAUCAUCCAUAUAUCCUCCACCAGCAACGUGGGGAUUCCGGGCCUGUGGGCUUUCCGGACAGACGAGUUCACGGUCCCAAAUGGCUGCAUCUACAAGGCCCAAUUCUUGCCCAUUGGUGCCACCUUCUGGAACAGCAGUACUUGUGAACACCAGUGCCAGUGCCAGGCUGACCAGAGAGUUCAGUGCCGGCCGAGGCCAUGUCAGGCAGAGCGGCAGUGCCGUGCCUCCUACCCCUUCUACUACUGCCAGGCCCGCCUAGGGCUCUCCUGCCAGCUGGGGCCCAGUGGGCACCUGCGGACAUUCUCCGGUCAUCUGCUGCGCCUCCAGUCCUGUACAUACAUCCUGGCCCGGGGCUCUGGCCACGGGACUGGCUUCCAAGUCAAGGUGGAGAGCAGGGGGACAAGCCAGCAGCCAAGGCUCCAGCUGUGGCUGCUGGCCCAUGGCCAGGAGAUCGUGGUCCCCAACGGGACAGCGGAUCAUGUGCUGGUAAAUGGUCUCCGUUUCCCACUGCCCAUCCAGCUCCUGCAGGGGAGCCUCGCUGUCCAUGUCAGCGGCCUCGCCACCUACCUCACUACGGACUUUGGCCUGGAGCUGUGGGUGCAGGAGGGCCGCCUGGCGCUCACCGUGCCAGCCGGCCUGGGCAGCACUGUGCAGGGACUGUGUGGGGCCGAGUCCCCGCGGAGGGAUCCCACCCUUCUGGUGACCAGCUGGCAGACGGCCGAGCCAUGUGGCCACGGACCCCCGAACUGUCCCCCGGACCGGGUGGCCUUGUACACAGGCUGGGAGGCUUGCGGGCUGCUGGAGGCUUCCCCAGGGCCCUUCAGUGCCUGUGUCCAAGCGCUUUCCCCAAGGCCCUUUGUGGAGAGCUGUGCUGAGGAGCUGUGCCAGGCUGAUGGCGCACCCCACGUCCUGUGCCGGGCCCUGGCGGCCUAUGCUCGAAGCUGCCAGGCUGCCAACCUCUCCGUGGGCUCGUGGAGGAGUCAGACCUUCUGUGAAAUGUCCUGCCCAGAAAACAGCCACUAUGAAGCCUGCGCCACUCCCUGCGAGGCCAGCUGCUCGGACUCCUUGGCCCCGCUGUUCUGCAGGGGCCCGUGUCGUGAGGGCUGCGCCUGUGACGCUGGACACCUCCUCAGCGCUGGGGCCUGCGUCCCCCAGACUCAGUGCGGCUGCUCUCUGCGCGGCCGCUAUUUCCCACUGGGGGCCCAAGUGGUCGAUGACAACUGCAGGCAGAGGUGCUCCUGUGAGGGUCCCGGGAAGCUGGUUCGCUGCUACCCUCAGGCCUGCAAGGCUGGGGAGGCGUGCAGGGUGCAGGACGGGGUCUGGGGCUGCAUCCGUGAAGGCAACGGGAGCACCUGGGUCUCAGGGGACCCCCACUACCGAACCUUUGACGGCGUGGCCUUCACGGCCCAGGGCUCCUGCCGGUACACCCUGACCCGGAGCUGCCGCUCCCAGGCGUGGCUCCCUGCCUUCUCUGUGCACGUACACAACGAGCACCUCGGCUCCGUGGCCGUGGCCUGGACACGGCGGGUGCGGGUGGAAGUGUACAGGGAGCGGAUCGUGAUGGCCGCCAAAGCACCAGGAAAGGUGCAGGUGAACGGACUUCAGAGGAACCUGCCACUGCUGCUGGCCGGGGGCCGUCUGCAUGUGUACUUCAGCGGGUCAGGGAUCGUGCUGCAGACAGACACUGGACUCCUGGUCCGCUAUGACUGGCAACACUACGUCUCCGUCACCGUGCCCGAGACCUACGCAGGCUCCCUGUGCGGUCUGGGUGGGGAUUUUGACGGAGAUCCAGAGAACGACUUCCAAGGUCCUGGCGGCGAGCUUCUCCCCGAUGCUCACGCCUUCAUAGAGAGCUGGAAGGAGCCGGGCUCUCCUGCCCACUGCUCCGCCAUGGGCCCAGUGCCCCGGUGCACCCGGGAAAGAGAGGCGCGCUAUCGGUCCCCGGAUUUCUGCGGCUUGCUCAUGGACCGGGAUGGGCCGUUCCGUGCUUGUGAUGAGGUGGCUGAGGUUCAGGUUCACGUGGAAAACUGUGUGCAUGAUCUCUGUGCCUCAGAGGGGGUCCAGAGACCCCUGUGUGAGGUGCUCCGCAGCUUUGCCCAGCAAUGUCAACAACAUGGACUCCCCAUUCAAACCUGGAGACACCAGGCGGGCUGUGAGAUGGCCUGCCCUACCCACAGCCACUAUGAACUCUGUGGAUCUUCUUGUCCUAAUUCCUGCACAGAUCCUACUCUGGCCAAUCAAUGCCAGACCCCAUGCCAAGAGGGCUGCCAGUGCGAUCAGGGCUUCUUGCUGAGCGGCACUGACUGUGUGCCCCCAGCUCAAUGCGGCUGCACCUCGGAGGGCAGAUACUACCUGUCCGGGGAGACCUUCUGGGAAGGGGAGGGCUGCCGGCGUUUCUGCCACUGUGAUGCCUCCAGCCACAAGGUGCACUGCAGUGACUCCUCUUGUGGACCCGGGGAGAGGUGUGGCACCCUGAAGGGCAUCUUUGGAUGUCACCCGCUUGUCCCCAGGACCUGCCAAAUAGUAGGACAAUCACAGUAUAUCACCUUUGAUGGGAAAACUUAUGACUUCCCGGGCACUUGCAAAUACAUCUUUUCUCAGCUAUGUGGUUCCUUGGAAUCCCUGCCCUUUUUCAGAGUGGAGAUCAAAAAGAAGUAUGGAACAAACACCCACAUACUUGCGAUCUUAGAGGUGCUCAUCCUGAUCAAUGGGACCAAGAUCCAUCUUCAUAGAAAAAACUCAGGUCAGGUUGAGGUGAAUGGAGAGACUCUGCACUUCCCACUAAGCCUCAAUUCUGGUGGCAUCAUCUUGUACCCCAGUGGGUUCUUCUUGACACUUUGGACAGAUUUUGGACUGACUCUCAGCUCUGAUCUGGUCUAUAGUCUCUUCCUCUCCCUGCCUCCCCACUACGAAGGCAACACUUGCGGACUCUGUGGAAACUUUAGUUGGAAUUAUGAGGAUGAGUUCCAGUCCCUAACGGGGGAACUUGUUGACAACUUGACUUCUAAGUGGAAAACUGAGGACUGUGAAGAUCGUUGUGACCGUAAUGGCUGCCCAACCUGCACGGGACAAAAGCAGCUUAUUCAGGGCAAAGCCCGAUGCUGGAUCCUCCAGGACCCUGGGGGACCAUUCUCUGCCUGCCAUUCUCAGAUCAACCCAGAACCUUAUGUGGCCAGCUGUGUCAAUGACAUGUGCCUUUCCAAGGACAACAGCAGUGUUCUCUGCCUCUCCAUCCAGACAUAUGUUGCUGCCUGUCAGAGGGCAAACAUCACUCUUGGCCCCUGGAGGAACUCCUCCUUCUGUGCCCCUGCAUGUCCCGCACACAGCUAUUAUCACCUCUGUCAAGACCCCCACAAGGUCCGGUCCUGUGCUGUGCUUCCACUUCCUCUGCCUGCUGGCCCGAUUUGCUCUGAGGGCUGUACCUGCUUGGAUGGUUACUUGUGGAGUGGGGACAGGUGUGUUCGACCAGAUCAGUGUGGCUGCCAGCACGAGGGACGCUACUACAAGGUUGGAGAGUUGGUCUGGCUUUCUCACUGUACCCACCGCUGCAGCUGUGAUGCUCCCGGUCAAUUCCGAUGCUCCCUGGCCCAGUGUCCUGAAGGGGAGAUAUGCGCCCUGCAGGCCGGACGGCUGGGCUGUCAGAGCCCCAUGGGCAUCUGCACAGCCACUGGGGAUCCUCACUACUUCACAUUCGAUGGAGCGGUUGCUCACUUCCAGGGCACCUGUGCCUAUCAAUUGACCCACACGUGUAAGGAAGCCUCUCUACCUGGGGACCUUUCUUUCCGAGUGGAGGCUACCAACAGAAACUUCCGCAGCCGUAGAGUCUCCUUCGUGACUCACGUGGAGGUGUGGCUCAGUAACCAGGACUUCAAGGCUCAUGUGGUCUUAGAACGCGGCCAACUAGUCAAGGUGAAUGGGCACAAAGUCACCCUGCCCCGACAGCUGGGGCCCCAGGCCGGGGUGCGGCGGGAGCGGAGUCUCUUGCUGCUGCGAGUAGGAGAGGAGCUAGAAGUCCAGUACAAUGGACGAAACACCCUGUUUGUGAGAGUGGGCCCGGGAUACAGGGGCCGUCUGUGUGGUAUGUGUGGCAACUUCAACGGAGACAAGGAAGAUGACAAGAUCCUCCCUGGUGGGAGGCCAGCCCCCAGCGAUGCUGCCUUUGGGAAUGCCUGGCAGGCCAAUGCCAGUCUACCUGGCUGCCGGAAAGAUUCUGUUGGAAGGGACUCCUGUGGUGAAGGGCACAGGGUAGCCCAGCUCUGUGAGGUCCUUUCCAACCACUCGGGACCCUUUGCUGAGUGUCACUGGCAUGAGAAUCCCGACCCCUAUUUCCAAUCCUGUGUAUAUGAUCUAUGUCAAUAUGGGACGGCCAAUCGAAUGCUGUGUGCUGCUCUGGAGGCCUAUGCCCAGCUCUGUGCCUUGCAUAAAGUGAGACUGCCUGAUUGGAGAACAAACCUCGGAUGCAACACGUGCAGCCAGAAGUGCACGUGUCAAGGUCCAGGCCGGGCCAUGGAGUGCCGUCCCCAUAGCUGUGGGCCCAGGGAAGUGUGCCGUCUGCGCAGAGGGCUGAGGGGCUGCUACCCUAUCAAAUACGGGACUAUGUGGCUAUAUGGAGACCCCCCGGACCAGGGGCUCCAGCUUCGGGGAACCUGCCGUGUUGCCCUGGUGCAAACUUGUGAUACCCACCUCACCUCCUUUGCCAUCUGGCUAAAGGUUGAGCAGCAGCACUCCAUGGUGACUUCUUGGGCCAAGCAGGUGGAUGUGGAUCUAGGUGGGCAGAGGUUCUCCCUUCUGGCUGGACAGCACAAGACAAUCCAGGUGAACGGAUCCCAGAUGAAUCUGCCCCUGGGGCGGGCUGGUGGCAGAUUCCACGCCUUUUCCAGUCCCUCGGCAGUUGUGCUCCAGUUCCAUUUUGGUCUUUCUGUGUCCUUUGAUGAGUACCGUUCCCUGUGGGUAUCGGUCCCUGAGGCUUAUGCAGGUUCCCUGUGUGGUCUGGGUGGAGAUUUCAAUGGGAAUCCUCAGGAUGACUUCAGGAGCCCUGGUGGUGCACUGAUCCCGGACGCCGAUAUGUUUGCCAUUAGCUGGAGGGAGCCGGGAUUUCCUGCUCACUGCUCUGGAGCGGGGCUGGCUCCAAAGUGCCCACCGGAGAAGGAAGCCCAGUACCAGUCCCGGGCUUCCUGUGGCCUGCUCAGAGACCCGGAUGGGCCAUUCUCUUCUUGCCACGAGCUGACUGAAGUCCGCGUCCACACGGACAACUGCAUCCAUGAUGUUUGUGCCAGCGAUGGUUCCCAGGAGAUACUCUGUGAGGUUCUCGGAAGUUACUCUCUCCAGUGCCAGCUGCGGGGAGUCUCCAUCCAGCCCUGGAGACAGGAGGUGGGGUGUGAGAUGGCCUGUCCCAUCCACAGUCACUAUGAACUCUGUGGAUCCUCUUGCCCCAACUCCUGUGCUGAGCCCAACCUGACCGCCAGCUGCCGCACCCCAUGCCAGGAGGGCUGCCAGUGCGAUCAGGGCUUCGUGCUGAGCGGCACGGACUGUGUGCCCCUGGCCCAGUGCGGCUGCACCGCGCAGGGCAGAUACUACCUGGCCGGGGAGACCUUCUGGGAAGGAGAGGGCUGCCGGCGGUUCUGCCACUGCGAUGCCCCCAGCCACGAGGUGCGCUGCUCCGACUCCUCUUGUGGGCCUGGGGAGAGGUGUGGCACCCUGAGGGGUAUCUCCGGAUGUCACCCGCUUGCCCCUAGCACUUGCCGAGCACUGGGGCCGCUCCGGUACAUGACCUUCGAUCAGAAGGCCUUUGACUUCCCCGGCACCUGCAAAUUCAUCUUGUCUGAGUUGUGUGUUUCCUCCGAGUCCCUGCCCUUCUUCAGAGUGGAAGUCAGAAAGAAGAACUCUCCGAGCACCCUCAUAGCUGCCAUUUCAGAGAUAGUUAUCCUGGUCAAUGGGACCCAGAUCCAUCUUCAGAAAGAAAAUCCAGGGUUGGUCCAGGUCAAUGGGGCUCUGUUCAUGCUUCCGCUGAGCCUCAACAUGGGCGCCAUCCUCCUGUACCAGGAUGGAUUCCACCUGACGCUGCAGACCCAGUUUGGUCUAAUUUUUGCCUCCGACUUGGCCCACAGCAUCUUCCUGACCCUGCCCCCAUACUACGCGGGCCGGACCUGCGGGCUCUGUGGGGGCUUCAAUGGGAAGUCUGGGGGUGCGAGAGGUUCCCCAGCAGGGGACCCAGGGGCUUCCUCUGCCUCUGAACGGAAGCCGGAUGAUGAUCAAUGUAAAGGCAGUUGUCCCCACGGCUGCCCAGUGUGUAUGGCACAGGAAGAGCUUGUGCCAGCUAAGAGCCGGUGCUGGAUCCUCCAGAACCCCCAGGGGCCCUUUUCCUCCUGUCAUGUGGAGAUCGACCCAAAGCCCUUUGCCUCUGCCUGCGCCAGUGAGGUGUGCCUGUCUCUGGGUGAGAGCCACGGCUUGUGCCGGGCCAUCCAGACUUAUGCUGCUGCCUGUCAGCGAGCGAACAUCACCAUUGGCCACUGGAGGAGCCCCUCCUUCUGUGCUCCCCGAUGUCCCCCGCACAGCCACUAUGAGCUCUGUGCCUGCCCUCGCCGCCGCUCCUGCCCCGGGUCAGAGCAGCAGUGCGGGCUCCUGUGUGCAGAGGGCUGUGUCUGUGAUGACGGAUCCUUGCCUCGGGGACCCGGCUGCGUCCCAGCCCCGGAGCCUGGCUGUGGCCACCAAGGUCGGCAUGGCCUAGAGCUGAGCCCUGAGAAGGCAUCAGAGCUGCUGUGGAGACCACGGAGUAGCCACGUUUGUCUCCGGAGGAAUCACACUGGCUAGAUCUGAACCGGUCCGGCUCGAACCCAGGAAACAGCCAGCAGCAGCAUCUAACUGGCCCAAACCUCUCCUCCGAUUGGGCCCAGUCGUUAUGAAAGCUCGGCCACAAGCAUCUCCCUGAGCCAGACAUCUGGCUUGGGGAUGGAGCAGUGGAUCAGAGUGUGCUUUUAGCUUCCCAAGUCUUGGGGAUGGGAAAGCAACAUCGGGCACCCAAGCCAAGUGCGUCCCUGGCUCCCAUCCUCCCCGCUCCGCUCCUAACCCAGACCAAGCUGCUGGGACUCAGCACUUUUUUUCAAGGUGGGAGAGGUGGGAGGGAAGGAGAGACAGGAACCCAAGGGCCUCAGGCAUCCAUACAGCACUUUGUGUUGGGCUUCUCUCCUGUUCUUCCCCACAAGUUGUUAGCAGGCAUCUAUCAUUCUUCUGUUUAGUAGCUGCCCCCACUCCUACCCCCGCCCCCAAGUCCUGUAUCUGACCAUGUGCUAUAGGGGAGGCAGUGCCAGGAUCUGACCCGGUCCCUGCUCAGGGGGCAUUUGUUGCCCAUUUGGGGAAAUAAAAACGCAUGCAAUGAUUCCGUUGCCGUGGAUCUCACGGGCAGUGGUCCCAAGAAGGAUCCCUUAAAGACCUGUUGAUUGAAGGACUGACAUUAUGUAGUUCCAGGCCCAGGAACUAGAAAGUCCAGAGCUAGAUUGGGAAGAAGCAGGGGCAGGUGGACCUUCUCCAGGCUUUGUUAUGUUCCUGUGAGGGGGAUUAGAAGAGGGGAACAUGGAGAGUACCUUGUUGGCCAAGAGUUGUAGAGGCCGCAGUGUAAUGGGUGAAGGUGGAGCCCAUCUUGCAGGGGGCACAGUGCAGGGAGCCUGAGCAAAGGGGGCAGAAGGCCCGGGCCCCUGGGGCAGGGGCGUGGGACAAGGGACAGGUGCUUGCACAUGAUUCUCGUGGGAAUGGUCCUGACCUGGGAGGCAGGGCCUCCCAGGGUGUCCAGUUAAGUCUGGUGGCUCAUUUCUGGGCUUUCCCCAGCAGAGGGCAAUGCUGUGCCAUGGCCAAGCCUUCUUGGGGGGAAGAAGAUGGCCAGGGCAUUUUCCAGGGGACUGGGACCUUCGUGUCCCAGAUGAAGAGAAGUUGUCCUGUUAGGACUGACAUCUCAGCCUUUUCCCAGGGAAUCUUCUACAAGCAGCAGCCCCCCACCCUAAGCUCCCAGGUCAAGGCUAUCAGCCUUCACCCUUCUCCAGGUGCUUGGGAUCCUAGAACCAUUCAGAUUCCAGAAGGGGGUGGUGGGCUGAAUUCCCAGGCUGCAGAGGGCCAGGUGGGGCUCAAGGCCCUGGCCAGCUGGAUCUGACUCAGAGGAAUUGAGAAAUGCCUUGGAGGAACCACAUCUAGACAGCAGAUGGCUCUGGGGAGUUUCCCUCUCUCUCUCUCUCUCUCUUUUCCCUCCCCUCUGCUGGGAAGUAGCAGCAACCCUAAGCCAUUUUCCCUAAACAUUACCCCCUCAACUCCACUCCAGAACGGUCCCCUCCCGUAGCUCUCUCCAUUCCCAUGUCAACCUUUGAAGAGGUGGGGAGCCUUCUCUCUGGCCACGGCCCCUCGCCCUCACACCUAACCUUCUGCUUGGCUC